CAGAACAACUUAUUUUAGUUAGUCAUAGUAGUUAAAAUAUAUGCAUCAUUCUAGUGGAUUUUUUUGCCACAAUACGUGUUAAAUUUGACUGGAUGUUUGAAAUAACAAUAGUUGAUAAAAUAUAGUUUAUUUUUAUCUUACAGGUGACUCGGCUAAAACACUAUGAAAGGGUCCUAUCAAUAUCCGGACGGAAGUCAGUAUAAGGGGGACUGGAGCGACGCCGGACAACGGGAGGGGUACGGGCAGAUGAAGUUCACCGACGGCUCUCAAUACUUCGGCAACCUCGUCGGCGGGCUUUGUGAAGGUCACGGGGUCAUGGUGUUCAGCGAUAAUUCGAGGUACGAGGGCGAGUUCCUGCAGGGGCGGUUCCAUGGUUACGGCGUGUUCAUGCGCUGUGAUGGUAUGAAGUUCGAAGGGCAGUUUCAGAACGGGAAAAUAUUCGGAAACGGAAUGGUAACGUUUACGGACGGCUCCCACGGGCUGCCGCGGAACGAGGGCUACUUUGAAGGGAACAAGAUAUUGAGGCGUGGAAAGUGCCCGGAUAUCAUCCACACAGCCAACAAGGCCGCGGAUAUCGCCAAGAAUCUACGCGCGUAACAACACGGCCGCCGACGAUAGAAUAAGAAUAUUGAGAUGUUAUCAUGCUUUAAGACAACUAGUGUUUUCUUUAUGCAACUAUCUGAUAUGACCAUCAAAGAAUUAAUUGUAUUCUGUGUAUAACAUAAAACCAGAAGCUCCCUGUUAAAAAAACGAUAGAAAAAAAUGCAUAACAUAUUUAUAUAAAGUUGUUUACUUAUUUAGCUGCGGGGAAAGUUGAAAAAUAAUUACGUAUAAAAUUAGAGAAAAAUCUCUUGGGAUUCCAGUUUCAAAGGCUCUUUGCCAUGACAAUUGGUAAUGCGUAAUAUUCCGAGUGUUUCUGAUAAAUACAACGGUUUGCCGUAUGUAGAAAUGAAAAUACUGUGAGAAAAAUUAUUAUAUGACAUUUGCUUGUUAAAUGUGAAAUCUUGUUGACUAGUUUGUGUGCAAGAAAAACACUUUCAGGAAAAUUAAAACUGCCAUCUUUUAAUUCAUACUCGCGUCAGUUUAAAUCAUAUGUAUAUUACUAUGCAAACAACAACAACAACAACACCAAACGACAACAACAACCACAACAACAACACCAGACGACAACAACAACGUAUUUGGAGAAGUGGGUGCGACAUUAAGACAUAUAAUUGGUUAUUAAUUGAUUUCGCUGUUAAUUUUUACAUAUUUUUUAACCUUUAUUAUUGAUUUCGCUGUUAGUUUUUACAUAUUUUUAACCUUUAUUCCGAUGAUUCACUGUUUUGUGUAUAAAGGAAAUAUGAAAAACAAUUAGGGUAUACUUAAUACUACUUUAAGGUAAGCCAUCCAUCAUUAGGAUGCAAAGAUUAGAUGAUACAUUAUAUCAUUUCCAUGGUUUAUUUAUAUUGAUUGUGCAUUGAAUUAUUUUUGUAUAUAUUACAUUUUUGAAUUUUAUGACACUUCUAAGAUGAUAUAUCAAAGGGAGGUAAUUAAACAAUAUUGUACUGUGAUAGUAUAGCAAAAUAUAUAAAUUUGUUUCUUAAAGAUGCACUCUUACACCCAAAUAAGAUUUACCACAAUUAAAGCAAUUGUUUUAAUAUACCAAAAAGGAUGAAUAAAUGUCGAAAACAACGGUUCUUAUGAAUGAAUUAUGAUACGAUUGUAGAUCACAGUUAAUCUUUUAGUACUCACCAAUCAUUUAAUAUUUUACGCGUUUUCAGCUAUUGAAUACACGGUUACAAUCUUGUUAUCAGUAAUUAUUAUUUUCCAUAAAUGCUUAAUUUAGUAAGUAGUUUAAGGUUUAUAACUCAAAAUGUUUGUUUGUUAUUCAUGUGUAUGUAUUGAUUUUGAAUAAGAGUGUCACUUUAAAUAACAUAAUGCUCAUAUUUAAAGCUCACGGUGAAAACUUAACUUAAAAUUUUGUAACUUUAAAAUGAGACUUUACCAGUGGCAAUUUUUAAUCAUUGAUGGGUGGCUUACCUUAAUGGCAAAAAUCAGUUUUAAUAAGUUUACAUAUGUGUAUGGUGCUUAUACCCAUUGUCGGCAACCCCGGAACAUUAUUCCGUUAACAAGUAGUUACAUCAGUAGCGUAAUUGUGUUGCGGUGGGAACCUAUGACCGAACUUACCACACAAUCAUUGGUUAAAUUGGUCAUCCUAAGUUUUUUUUAAAGCUGCAAUCUCACAGAUUGACCAUUUUUACAACUUUUUUAUUUUGUAUUCUUUGAAUGAGCCAAUCGUUGUAAAAAUGUCUAGAAACCAGUGAUAUAAGACUGCUGACAGAAUAUCCGAUCGCGGUUGUUCAUAUUUACGUUCGAAAAUUGAUGUUUUAUGGCUAAAAGCGUCACUAACACUUUAACAAACAUUAAUUCUCCAGCAAUUUUCUGAACAAUUAAGAUCUAUUCUAUAGUGAUUAACCUUAUAGUAUGACAGAAUUAAAGGCAUUGAUGCUAAAUUCUUGAAAACAAAGAAUGAAAUAAUUUUCCUUAUUGCAUUUAAUACACUUCUGUAUAAAGUUAAUGUUAUGGUUGUCUGUCAUGGAAACUGUAAGUUGGUUAAUUACUUCUGGCUUAUCUUGUUAAAGAACGGUACAUGGGGAGUAACUCUGUUCAAGUAUUACACAGAUUAUGUAGUUCAUACUUUUAUAUUUUGAUUAUUCCAAUAGUUUCUGUGUUACGUAUUUUACACGGUGUUGUUUGUACUGUUCAACCUUUUUGUUGUAUGUAUACUGAAUAAAGUUUAUAUUUCUUUAUAAA